CUGUCCUACAGAGGGACUGGAAAGAUGCUAAGACAGCAGAGAUUCAAGGCCAAGAGAAUAGGAAGGAGGUUCGCUUGCUUUGCGCAGAAGCUGAGCCACAGGAGAAAGCAAAGCCAGUGUGAUUUAUUGAAUGAAAGCACUGGACAAUUACCAACAACUUGUUCCUCUGCCGCCUCCAACAACCUAAGCUGGAACUGCCGUGUGAAAAUGACCCAGCAAAUGCAGAAUUUACAUCUUUCUCAGUCAAAAAAACACAGCGCCCCAUCAUCUCCCAACGCGGCCAAACGCCUGUACCGGAACCUCUCCGAGAAACUGAAGGGGAGCCACUCUUCCUUCGACGAAGCCUACUUUAGAACAAGAACCGAUCGGCUGAGUCUCAGAAAGACUUCCGUGAACUUCCAGGGCAAUGAAGCCAUGUUUGAGGCCGUUGAGCAGCAGGACAUGGAUGCUGUGCAGCUCCUCCUGGACCAGUACACACCAGAAGAGCUAGACCUCAACACACCUAACAGUGAGGGGCUGACACCGCUGGAUAUUGCCAUCAUGACCAAUAAUGUGCCCAUCGCGAAGAUUCUGCUGAAGACAGGGGCCCGAGAAAGUCCACACUUUGUCAGCCUGGAAAGCCGCGCAAUGCACCUCAACACACUGGUCCAGGAAGCCCAGGACAGGGUGAGUGAACUGUCUGCCCAGGUGGAGAAUGAAGGAUUCACGCUGGACAACACAGAGAAAGAGAAACAGCUGAAAGCUUGGGAGUGGAGGUAUCGGCUCUACAGACGCAUGAAAACAGGCUUCGAACAUGCCAGAGCCCCCGAGGCCCCAACCAACGCCUGUCUCAUCGUAACCAGCAGCGUGUCCCUCACUGUCAGCUUCCAAGAGCCUCUCAGCGCCAAUGCGGCUGUAGUGACCAGGUAUAAAGUGGAAUGGAGCAAAUCUAAAGACUUUUCUCCUUUGGCUGGAGAACUCAUCAUGGACCACCUGCACACCCUGAGAUGCACAAUCACAGGACUUAUAACGGGACAGCAAUAUUUCGUUCAAGUCUCAGCUUAUAACAUGAAAGGAUGGGGACCCGCUCAGACCACGACACCCGCAUGUGCCUCUCCUUCUAACUGGAAAGACUACGACGACAGAGAGCCCAGACACAAGGGACAGAAUGAAGUUCUGGAGAGUCUGCUACAGCAGGUCCGAGCCCUUCAUCAGCGUUACAGUUGCCGGGAAAGUUCAAAAUUACAAACCACAGGACGCAAGCAGUCAGUAUCAAGAAGCCUGAAACAUCUAUUCCAUUCCUCAAACAAGUUUGUGAAGACCUUAAAACGGGGACUCUACAUAGCUGUUAUAUUUUAUCACAAAGACAAUAUGUUAGUCACCAAUGAAGAUCAAAUACCAAUCGUUGAAGUAGAUGACUCUCACGCCAGUUCUAUUACACAAGAUUUUCUGUGGUUCACGAAGCUGUCUUGUAUGUGGGAAGACAUAAGGUGGCUGAGGCAAAGUGUACCCAUCUCCAUGUCCUCAUCCACAGUGCUGCAGACUCGGCAGAAGAUGCUUGCUGCGACAGCCCAGCUACAGAAUUUACUUGGAACACACAACUUGGGAAGAGUCUACUAUGAACCCAUUAAAGACCGGCAUGGAAACAUUCUCAUAGUCACUAUCAGAGAAGUGGAGAUGCUUUAUUCUUUUUUUAAUGGCAAGUGGAUGCAGAUCUCAAAACUGCAAAGCCAGAGGAAGUCUCUGUCCACACCUGAGGAGCCAACAGCCUUAGACAUUUUACUGAUAACCAUCCAGGAUAUUCUCUCCUACCACAAAAGGAGUCACCAGCGUCUCUCUCCCGGAUUGUAUCUAGGUUACCUAAAGUUAUGUAGCUCUGUGGACCAAAUCAAAGUUCUUGUGACACAAAAGUUGCCCAACAUUCUGUGCCACGUGAAGAUCCGUGAAAACAAUAACAUUUCCAAAGAGGAGUGGGAAUGGAUCCAAAAGCUUUCUGGCUCUGAAUCUAUGGAAAGUGUGGAUCAUACUUCUGACUGCCCCAUGCAAUUGUUCUUCUAUGAGCUCCAGAUGGCAGUGAAAGCUCUCCUUAAGCAGAUCAAUAUACCUCUACACCAGGCAAGGAACUUCCGCCUCUACACACAGGAGGUGUUGGAAAUGGGUCACAAUGUGUCCUUUCUUCUCCUGCUCCCUGCCUCAGACGACGUCUGUACAGCCCCAGGACAGAAUAAUCCUUACACCCCACACUCAGGGUUUCUUAACCUCCCUCUUCAGAUGUUUGAACUUGGUAUAGUAGCUUGUUUCACCUAGAAAUAUUAACCCAGCCUCCUUAUAAUAAAAUCACAAAGUUAUAUCUGUUCCCCCUUGUCCCAGUGGAGGGUCAAUAAAUCACAUGAUGGCUUUGGCAACAACCCUUCCUAGAACUGUGUACAAGUCUGAGAAACAGCAAAGCUCCAAGACUAUGUGCCUGAGCAAUAAUUAUUGAAACCUAGUUAAGGCCCAAUGGAGAGGAAGAAAUUCUAAACAGAAAGUUCAGUUAUCAGGCUGUACUUAACGCCUCUCCUCUGCUUUCUUAAACUAUAAACACAAGAACGAUGUUUUCAUGAAAAGCACCGCCCCUUCUCUUUCCUUCUCCUUACCCCCACCUCCAACUGGGAAAAAAUAAUAAUGAAAUUAAAAUGUAGGAUUUGUAUCACUUUGGAGGGAGAAAAAGGUCUGCAGCUCUAAGUAGUACUGAUUUAUUAGACUUGAUUUAUGAGACUCUAAAUUUCUGACAGAUCAAAUAAGAAACAGACAGGGUCUCCCAGGAUGCAAUAUUGUGAUUUGAAUGUGGGGUUCUGAAUGGUGGAAGAUCUUGUCCUGACUUUUCAAAAAUGAAUAGCCUGGGCUCUAGUUUCUGUAUUUUCGCUGAGACCCCUGCUGCCCACUGAGAAUGUGAAUAGGGAGGCUUUGUCUCCCUUCCCAUGCUACAUCUUGCACCAGGCCAGUAAGAGGCAAUUAGCAAGGGCUCUGUUAGUUCAAGUGAAUUGUACAACUUGCGGGCAGCUGAGUGAGUGGGUGGGUGGAACAGAAGCAGACCUUCCUUGGACUGCACCUUAGCCACCAGAUUUAGAAACAGAAAGAGGUAACUGUCUGGUGCCUCAUUUUGUGACCAGAGCAACUGAAUCUAAAUUUAUUCUUUUGGGAUAUCCGUCUUAAGCCUCAGUUUCCCUCAUUCCAAGCACUUCAGAUGAUGUUCAAUAGAUGAUGAACAAUAAGUUUUAUUCUCCAGAGGAGGGAAGAGUUCGUAAGGGAAGUGGGAAUAAGCUUACCAACUGGGACUUUGAGGGUCCUGGGUCCUACCCUGUGUGACACUGGCAAUCACUUAACCUUUCUGCACCUUUUCUGUGUCACAUAAUUAAUAAUAUUGGCCAUACCACUCCCAAAGGGCCUGGAUAUGAAUGUGACCAUUUCCUCAGAUAAAGAACAUUAUUAGUUCAUGAUAUAAUAGCGCUGUUAUAAUGACGUACAGUUUUAGGCAAAGGUUUCAUAACAAAUCAAUAAAUAUCUCUCUUGGAUGCCUACUGGGGAGAUUUAGAAAUGAGUACAACAAAGGCUCUGCCCUUAAGAGGCUUUCAGUAUGAUGGUAAGAGUAAAAUAAGAAUAAAAGUUAUUGUAAAAUGAGAUAUAAUGUCCCAUAAACAUGAAGUACUAUAUGAUACUGAAAAAAGAAAAAAAGUAUAUCCUUCAUGAGGAGAGUAUAUUUGAUGUGGGUGUAAAAGGUUAGAUAGGAUGUUUAAAAACAUGAAUUAAAAACAAAAUGUUUUUUCUCCAGAGGAACAGAAUGAGCAAAGACAAGAGAACAGAAGAACAGAGUCAGGAAAAGAACAAGUGGUCCACUUUGGCUAGAUCUAGGACAUGUGAGGAAAGCAGGAAGAAUAAGGUUGUAUGAUGAGAUGGGGCCGUAUUGAUUGUUGGGAAUCAGGGUGAGGAACCUGCUUAACAUGGAUUAAAAGCAAGGUUCAAAAAUGUCUGAGACUAUUAUGCCAGUGUUAUGGUAGUAGUAAAAAAAGGAGAGGAGAGGAGAGGAGAGGAGAGGAGAGGAGAGGACAGAUAUUAUCGGGAGUAAGCAACGAGAGUGGACAACUGCUUAAAAGAGGGAAGGAGAAGUGUGGAAUUGCCCUUAUAGUUUUCAGCAUCAGUGAUUAUGAGGACAUCACUGCCUUUACCAAAAAUAUAAAAAUCGAGAAUAUGUUUUGGAGAGUAAAUUGAGGCUUUUAGCUUUGAAUAUGUUAAGGCUGAAGGUGGACACGUCACAUUGGCGAUAGAAACGCCGGACAGAAAAUUGGGUACUAAGCAGAAAUGUAGCCAGUGUCUACUAAUAAAAGCUGAAGCCAUGAAAGUGAAUGACUUUUAUGGAAUAAUUGUCAGAAAAAAAGAACUAAGGAAAAGAAAUCAUUGGAGAGUUAACCAGUAUUCUAUUCGGUACAAAACACUCACUGUUACUCCAUGAUCACAGGCAAAAAUACACAAAAUUCAUUUUCCCAUGCCUUCAUGGCCUUGACGGGAACAGUCAAUGAUAUUGUACCAACCUAGCAUACAAUACCUCGGGUCCUAGAGGCCCUAGACAUGAAAGGAUGCUGUCUAUCCUGCUUUCUGUGAGGCUUACACACUCUUCUUGGGCAACCACUCUCUGUCUCUCUACUGUUACUUUGCACUCUACAAUUUAGGUAAAGUCUACUAGCCUUCACCUGCUUUCUCCAUUCCCUCAUUCAUUUAUUCAUCAAUAAAUAUUAUCGAGCAGGCCACUAAGUACCAUGCAUUAUUCCAGAGACUGAAGAACCCAUAACCCCUCACCAAGCCUACUUCUCCUGAGGGAGACAAAUAAUAAACAAGUAGCAGUAUAAUAAAUAUCAGAGAAGGACCAUGAGGAAGAGUAAGAGACAAGAGUGAAGAGGCAUAUGAAGACAUGUGAAAGCCUCUCUGAAGAAGUUAGAUUUGAGCAGGCACCUGAGACUCCCAGGACAUAGGACACCAAGUACAAAGGUCCUACAGUAAGAUUAUGCCUGGCUGAGAGAUCAGUGUACCUACAUGUUCUGACCAAGAACAACAAAGAUAGAUGAGAUCAGAGUUAAUAAAGUCAAAUUAUGCAGGGCCUCACAAGCCACAAUAAAGAAUUUAAAUGUUACUUUAAGUAUACUGAGAAGUCAAUGGAUGACUUUGAGCAGUAGAAUAACCUAUUAAAAGUUCUGUGAAAUCCAUAGAACUACCCUUUCCCCAAUCGAAAACAAAACCUAAAUUUCUUUAACCCAGCAUUUUCCAAAUCAUUUGACCAAACUGGAACCAUUUUUUAGCAGAUCACCUAUUAAAAACCCACAUGUCUGAGAUACAGUGCACUGGAAUAAUGCUUCUCAAAGUUUAAUCACAUGGACAGCUUAUUAAAUACAGAUUCCUACAGCCCAACUCCAGCUAUGAUAAGUCCACUAGGCCUGGGAAGGAGCUGGAAAAUGUACAUUUCUAGAAAGCUCUCCGGUGAUAGUGAUGUCAGAAACCCAUGGCACAUACUUGAAGUUUGCAUAUGACACAGAUACAGAGAACUAUGCAAGUAGUCAGCACAGUAGUAUAGUAGAAUCCAACAGUGUGUGUGUCUGAUCUGUCCCACCUCUUCUUAUUUACUAAAAGCAAUAUAAAGCCAACAGAUACCACCCUCGAUCUACCAAAAAUAGGCCAUCAAUCAAAGGCUGUGUCCCAUAGUUUCUGACUUUUAAGAUGUUACUUCCUAUAGUAAGACACUUUCUUACCAUCUUGGUCUUCCCUUAUUGCAAUAUCAUGGGUGAUACACCUUCAUGAAUUAGUAAGGAAUAUGUAAGUUUCCAGAAAAGACCACUUGGUUAGGCUUGGUUCUAUUGGCACACACAUUCUAUUAGCUUUUCUUUAGAGAGCAGAGAAAAGUGCCAUCAGUAGCUGAGGAUUAAUACACCUUCUAAUAAAAUGUUUAUUGCAUUUCAACACCACCAGCCAACAAUAUUAAAAAUAUUACUGGGUCUUAGUAAGAUCAUGACAAACUCUAUCUUAUCCCUCAAGCAAUCCAAGUUUUUCAAGAGGCAGAUUAUCAUGGUUACUCUCUCAUUUAGGCAUCAGCCCAUCAAGCAAUUAAUAAUACCUUAUAUAGGGACUUUUUAAAGAUUUGUAAUAAUAGAUGUACGCUCCUCUAAGAAAUAUGCUAACUAUUUAAUAGGGACUUCUGUUCUCCAUAGGCAGUUCCAUAAGAAAAGAUCAAAAUACACUAAAUAUUUCUGAGAAAAAAGAGAAUGUUUUUGGAAAUUCAGUCAAAACUCAGAAAAAUUUUAAUAACUACAUGGGAACACUAAUGAAAAUUGAAAAGAUGUGCAUUAUGGGAAUAUGUAAAUUAGAACAAAGAGCCACAGUACAUUUUAGUGUGACUUAUAUACGUCAUCUCCAUUCCCAUGAAAGGAUUGGAGAUUUGGCAAACUGAUCACAUUCCCGCCAGUGGCCUAAGUGAAUCAUAAAUAACUUGCUAACCAGCUAUGGAAAACUGCAUCUGUAUCUAUUCCAGCACUAAACAAAUCUAGUGAGGAUAAAAUGAUACAAAGGAGCUCAGCCAUCUGUCUCAUGGAGUAACGACCACUGGAACAAACCUGUAAGGUAUUCCUUCAGAGGGCUGCUUGUACAGUUGAAAGAACCCAUCCUACAGGAGGAUCUUGUGAGAUCUGGGCAAGCAGGUUGAGCUGAGGCAAAGUGGUACAAUUGUACCCACUCCUCAUUGCACAGCCUCAGGGCUGACACUCCACCAUCCCCUGGGCAGGAGCAGAAAUAGGACCCCUUAACAAUAACACAGCACAUACCUGGAGGCCACCAAGCACCACUCUUUACACUGUUCCCAAAAUAAAAAGAAAAGCACUAUCAUAAGCCCUUAGAAACUCCAUCCAAUAAUGUGGCCUCUUGAGGAUUUGCCUAACCUACACUGAGGAGGUCACCCUGCCCUGAUCCUGCAAGCAGUCACUAUUAGCAGUAGACAUAUGAUGGGAAAAAAACUGAUUUUUAUUGAUUUCCUUGGCUCUAUGAUUCAUACUAAUUGGACUAGAAAGACAAAAACACUGGAGAAUUUCUAAAACAUAAUCUGAGGCCUGAUAUAUAUUUCAUACUUCUGUGCUUGGCUGCAUCCUUCAUUCAGCAAACAUUUACUGAGCUUACACUGUAUGCCAGGUACUGUGCAGGAGCUAGACCUACAGACGUUAAUAAGGCACAGUCUACCAUCAGAAACUCAAACUCUAGUACAGGAUACAAAGAUUGACAUCAACGGACCUCAUAUAAUGAAAACAUUGCUAUAAAGCAUAGGCUGUUGAAUUUCAGAGGAAAGACACUCCAGCUUUCCUUACGGAGUUACCAUUUAGCUGGAUAAAUAAAAAAUUCAGAAAGUGAAAGAAUAGGAACAGCAUAAAAGGAAAACCAUUUUAAACACACACAGUCUUAGAGACCUAGGAAAAUAAUGCCCAAUUAGAUAUACUUUUUGGUAGCUCAUUGCAAUGAAUGUUUAGGGCAUCCCAGGAAUCUAAAGGUCAAGAUCGGGAAGGGCCAAAAGCGCCUGCCUGGCAAGCGCAAGGUCAUGAGUUCGGUUCCCGGUACCGGAAAAAAACCAAAAAAAAAAAAAAGAUCAGGAAGGGCUACUUGUAUUCUCCCAAGGACGUGAAAAUACCAGACAGGCAAAGGGGAGCGAUGAAAAAGAAUUUUUUAAAAGGGAUGAUAUGAUCUCACUGGAUUUUCGCAGUUCUGUGGGGGAUGGACUGCAGGAAAGCAAUGGAGCGGGGGCAGAGGGAGGCAAAGAGACAAGAGACUGCCACAGUAGUCCAGGUGGGCAACAGGAACCCGAACAAACACAGCCACAGGGGACAACAGAGGAGAAAGCAGAGGCAAGAGGAUUUUAAAGUUAAAAUCAAUGAGACUUUGUGAUUGAUUUGAGGUGGCUGAAGAGUAAAAUGGAGGAGCCAGAGAGUCUGAAUCCGGUGCUGAGAUGGAUAAUGUUGCCAUCUACCAAAACAGGAAAUAGGAGGGGAGGGACAGGUUUUGGGGGAGGGGAGAAACGAUGAGUUCAGUUUGACAAAUGAUGAGUUUUGAGGUGCCUGUGGGAUAUCCAGGCAAUGAGCCUAAUGGAAUCCAGGCCACAGGCUUGCAAAAAAUGGCACCGUCUCAACCUUCAUUCCUAAUGCCCAUUUUUCAUGAUUUAGGAUACCAUUCCUGUAUUCCAACUGCCAACUUACUCAUUACCCAGAAUUUAGAGAGGCACCUUAGGUGCUCAGGUUCUUUUUGAUGCUUUGGCAAGGAAUCAUCUCUAACACUACGAAGUUAUCUAGUUGAUUCCUUAGCUUCCAGAAGAGGCCAUCUGACCCAAGCUGACUGUACGUAGUGAGUUAGAGAUCCUUAGGAAGAAUAUUCUAAUCCCAAUCCUGUUCUACUAUUCUAACCACAAAAUGGCUCAUAUUUCCUGGGGGUGAAAGGUUUAGGGUAGGAACAUUUACUUUCUAUCUGUGUCAUAUGCUGUUUUGGGUACUUUAUAAACAUUCAUUAUUUAAUCCUAGGUAAGCAUUAUUAUCCCUUUGGUAGGGGUAGUACUGAGACUCCCAGAGGUUAUCUGCUCACCAUCACACGGGCAGAACUAUGAUUCAAACCCAGUCCUGUGCAAUAUCUAAGCCCAUGUACUUUCUAUCCUACUACACUGUUAGUAUUCAUGCCAACUGUAUUUCUCACUACCUUAUAAAGAAGAAGGAGAAACAACACUACUGAAAAUUAGUCUUCGUUUGUGACUUACUGACAAAUCAUGUGAUCCAGAUAAUGACAUUAUUGCAGGCUUAUACCAUUUUAUCUAUCAAAUGCAUGUGAUUCACAUUUUUAAAAAUUAGAAGCUUCCAGUCUAUCCUCCCCUCCUUGGUGAUGGCUACCAAAUGUAUCAUUGCUAAACCACAAAAGACUAUGUUAAAGUAACAUUUGUUAAAGUGACAUUAAAGACUCUGGAUAAAAACCACUGGAGCAGGAAACUGAAACGUUACAGUUGAAACUUCCUCAUAACUCACUUGUGGUUCACGGCCAUGGAUAGCAUGGGUGCUAUGAGACCACCCACUGAUCCAUGGCUCCUACCACAAAGACACAACAAGGGAAAGCUGUGAACACCCUGGUUUUUAAGAAUUUAGAUGGCGCUGAUAGUGUUUCUUCUAAAGAAAUCAUUCAGUAUCUUUCUACAGUCAAAGACAUAUUUUAGAAAAGGAAAAAACUUGAGUUGGUUUUUCCCUUUACAACUUGGUUUGCAAAAGCAGGCUGUAAGACACUUUACUCUCUUCCUCCUGAAGCCUAAAAAGGACAUUUGUCAAGGGCUAACAGGAUAUACUCUCUCCUUGAAAGGCACAAAGACACAGCUGGGGAGCUACAAGGGUCAAGAAUAAGCUACAAACUAAUGGUGACUCCUUUCCACUGGGCUGCUAGUAAACACUCCAGACCCGAAAUAUACCUUUCAGAAUACAAAACUCCAGCACACAAUGGGAGAAGUGAGAACAAAGGGAAAGAGGUGCCUUCCAGACAGCAGGGCCUUCCCUCUUCAGAUCAACUCAUGCGUUUUAGCUAAACGCAUUUAGCCUCAAUGCGUCUAUUUCUUUAUUCAGAAAGUCCAAUAAGUAUUAGUUGAGAAGCUACAAUGUUCCAGGUUUUGAGAAAAGAAAAACUAAUCUGAGACAUGAUUCCUGCCUUCAAGUAAGCCACAAUCUAAUACCAAAACAAUUAAGUACGCAUGUGUCACAAUACGCUUAGAAACAAGUGCUCUAGAAGCACAAAAGGAGAAACUAGCUCUUCCUGGAAAAGAAGUCAGUAGAAAUGUCACUCUGGAGACAUUUCAGUGAGAUCUUCCAUUAUCAGAAUAAGGAGUCUUGAACGUGUUAGUAGCAACUGGUGUUUAACAAUAAGGAAAAGCAUAUGUAAAAGCAUAGAAGUAUUUGAGAAACCUAAAAAUAAAUAAAUAAAUGAAAAAAGUAAAGGAGAGAUGACAGGAAACUACAAGGGAAACUCUUAAGAGAUGGGAAAGAGGACGGGGGGGGGCGGAGAAGGAGGUAAAGGGAUUGAAAAUGAUGAAGAUAUAUCAUAUGUACUCCCCAAAACAAAUAUCACUAUUCUGUAUUAGAAACAUGCACUAAUUAUUUUUUAAAAACCAUAGAAGUGUAAAAGUGUUUGCAGGAAGUUCAUUCUGACCAAAUCUUAGGAUUGAUGCAGAGCUAGUGGUAGUUGAAGGUGGCUGUACAAUGAGAGCUAUGAUUGUAGAUAUAUUCAAAUGCUAGAUCCUUAAGAGAAGGAUGCCUUCCUUUAUGCAGAGAUGACUGAGUUUUAUCGUGAAGUUAAGGGGAUGCUGGCAGAGGUCAUUAAGUGAGGAAAUUGCAUGAGAACCCCAUCAUUUGAGAAAAGUGAAAUAGUUUGACAUUUACCAAAAGGUAUAUGAAAUCAGCUCUUCUUUGUGUCAGACAAAGAAGUGCUAAAAGAGCUAAAUGAAGGGAAGGAGGAUCUGAUACCAGAGAGAAAACUCAACUCCAGGCCUGAGUUUCCCUGGGUUGAGAAACACCUCCUUCAAAUGAAACAGGAAGCCACUGUACAGGGGUAAGGAUGAAAGCACCAAAGCCUUCAUCAGAUUCUUCUCUUCCACUCCGUAAGAGGAAAGUGAACAGGGCAAAUCUCUUGAUUGUCCUAAGAGAAAAUCAAGAGAAAAUCAAGAAAGGGAGCAGGCAACACUGAGAUGAGAAUAAUGAGGUGCACAGAGAUCUCCCACUAUACACUGAAUAAGCCUUCCUGACUGAGGUAUAGAGCUGGCCAGGUGACCCAUUCUGAGAGACUGUGAUUUAGCCUCCCUAAAUAGCCUCAAGCUUGGUCAUGGGAAAUGACAGCAAAGAGGUAAAGGGUGGCAAUUUUAUCUUCUUUCCAGAAUUCCUCCCAUGAGACAUAAAUAUAAAUUUUCCAACAGAGAUGCUGUGGGGAUGCUCCUAUUUCCAAAGUAUGGAACACAAUGGUAAAAGUGAUAAAUAAAAAAUAAAUAAGGUUUCUGAAGAGUAAGUCUCCAUAUUCAACAAUGGGCCAGGAAAAGACUGGAACAGCACUAGUCUGAAUGAGGACAUUUUCUUCAGCCUCUGGGAAUCUGAAGCUUUGAUAUGAUUAAAGGUGGUCACAGAAGUAUAAAAAAAGUCUGAGCACCUCAGGGUGCCUGCACUAAACUCAAUCCUGCAUUGCUCUGUCCCUCCUGAGAAGGGACAAAUGACGGAGAUGAAGGCUAGAUUGUUUCUGUAGCUUUGAACAAAAAUGGUCUGUCCAGAUAGCAACUCCCAUCAUACUUGCAAAAGAGCUCAGAAGGUGAGGGGCAGAGGGAAGAUCAAAGCCUAUAUUAGGCAACUCAGGGAUGGUUUUUGGUCAGACAAAAGAUACACUGAGAAAUACAAUCUUGUAUCUUUUGGGGGUUCAGGCCUUAGAAAGGAAAAAGCAAGAUACGUAACAGGAAAUCAGACAAGAAAACCAAAACUAGGUUUCAAAU